GUCUCAAUUUUAUUGAUUUUCAGACAUCAGGGGCAGCUGAUGCCAUGUAUUGUAUGGACUGGUAUCAAGGAACAGCCUCUGAGAUGAGGACCGUCCAGUUUAUGAUUGCCAGAAGUCAAGUGGUCUGUAUAAUUCCAGCUAUUCUGUUUGGAAGAUAUGAGUACGCUCUAUUUAUAAGGAUUAUCAAGACCGCCUACUCCUACGUAACUGUGAUGGGAAGUUAGCUGCGAAAUUCCGUGUAUGUUAUCUUAAAAUGGU